GUCACAUCGUAGAAAAGUGAACGUCCUUCCAGGAGUUAGUGGCAAUUUCUCCAGGGAGAGCUGCAAUAUCAACGGAACACUGAACCAUGAAGCCACCACUCUUGGUGCUUUCUGUGUAUCUGCUGUGGUUGAAAUAUUGUCACAGUGCGCCUACUUGGAAGGAGACAGCUGCUACGGCUGGAAACCUGAAGGGUCUUCAGGAGGUAGGAGAUGCAGAUGCAGACGGAGAGCUGAAGAAGGCUUUGAUUGGCAUUAAGCAGAUGAAAACCAUGAUGGAGAGGAGAGAGGAGGAACACGCCAAACUGAUGAAAACCUUGAAGAAAUGCAAAGAAGAAAAGCAGGAGGCCCGGAAACUCAUGGACGAAGUGCAAGAACGUCUGGAGGAAGAAGAAAAGUUAUGUCAGGCAUCUUCUGUAGAUUCUUGGGAUGGAUGCAGGCCAUGUUUGGAAAGUAACUGCAUACGAUUUUAUACAGCUUGCCAGCCUGGUUGGUCCUCUGUGAAAAACAUGAUGGAGCAAUUUCUCAAGAAGAUAUACCGGUUUCUGUUUACCCGCAGUGAGGACGUAAAGGAUCCCCCUGCCGUAGAAGAGAUGACUGAGGAAGAUUCACAAGUGGUGCAUAUAGAGAACCUGUUCAGCCAGCUCGCUGUGGACGUGAAAUCUCUCUUCAACAUGAGUGUUUACAUUUUCAAACAGAUGCAGCAAGAAUUUGACCAGGCUUUUCAAGUAUACUUCAUGUCCGAUGUGGACUUAAUGGAGCCAUACUCCCCAGCUCUGUCUAAAGAGAUAAUCAAAAAGGAAGAAAUUGGGCAAAGGUGGGACAUGCCCAACGUCUUCCAGCUGUUUCAUAACUUCAGUCUCUCUGUAUAUGGGAGAGUCCGGCAAAUAAUAACGAAGACCCUCAGUGCAAUUGAAGACUCUUGGGAACCACACGAAGAGUUAGACCAGAAAGGUAUGACUUCAGAGAUGUUACCUGAGAGAAAUGGAGAAAUAUGUGAGGAAUUUGCCAAGAAUUUAUCUGGAUGUUUAAAAUUUCACAAGGGAUGCCAAGAGUGUCACAAUUACCUAUCUAAGGACUGCCCUGAUGUACCUGAACUACACAUAGAAUUCCUUGAGGCCUUGAAAUUAGUCAAUGUAUCCAAUCAGCAAUAUGAUCAGAUGGUCCAGAUGACCCAGUAUCAUCUGGAAGACACCACACACCUGAUGGAGAAGAUGCGAGAGCAGUUCGGAUGGGUGUCUCAACUGGCAAGCCAUAGCCCAGUGACUGAAGACAUCUUUAAUUCAACAAAGGCAAUUCCAAAGAUUCAUGCAGGGGAUUCUUCCAAGCAGGAUGAAUUUAUGGUAGACCCACGCAUUCUGCCUUCCUCUAACUUCACAGUCCAGAACCCUCCUGAAGAAGGUGCUGAACGCUCAAAUGUCAUUUACUACAUGGUAGCUAAAGUUCUGCAGCAUUUUAAGGGAUAUUUGAAAAACUUGACCCUUGUUGCAUAAUCCAGCUGACUGACCUCCAUGUGUGAGCCACCACGUCCAGCCUAGCUUUGCCUAUGGGAAAACUAUUUAUUGUGUAUCCAGAAUCAUACAGUGUCUUUUUCACAUUAUUUUACUUCUAGAGUCAUUUUUUCACAUUGUUCUACUUCUAGAGUCAAUGUAAAGAAUCAAUAUAAAUUUGAUGAAAAGCUCUACCUUCAAGUUUUAUAUUUGGAAAAUUGCUUAAAACUAAAAUAGUGAGACCAACGAGUGUCCAAAAAUAAGAGCCGAUAUUGACCAAAUCCACUCGUUACACUUGAUGAGACCUUAAAAUCACUUACAGAAUUUAAAUAAGGACCUGCCAUCUACUGUGGCCAGGUCUUUAUUAUGAACUUCUUUUUCAUUUUUUGAAGUGUUUUUUUUUUUUUUUUCAUAAUUUUGGGGUAAAGGAACUCAAGGCACAGUAGAAAGCUAAAUAAUCUCAAAUCAGUUGUCAGGAGCAAGAGAAGCGGGACUCAUUGCUACACACACACAGUGACUCUUAUGGCAUUUGGUCCAAACAAACAAGACACAAAAAUCUUGGUAGUAUGGCUAAGCUUAAAUAAUUAUCAAAUUUCAAUUCUAAAUUAUCAUUCAUAAGGGACCUUUUUAGUAAGUCAUUAUCAAUGUAUAAUUAGGGCCAAUAACACUGGAUUAACUGCCUCGAACACCUUUGCUAUCAAGUUUUUCUUAAUUAAUUAAUUAAUAAUUAUAUUUUUGUGUGUAUACGUGGGAGUGUGGUGACCAGAGGAAAUUUUGUAGAAGCUGAUUCUGUCAUUCUAUCAAGUGAGUCAAUGAGAGAUCAAACUCAGGCCUUUCGAGUUUUGGAGGCCCUUUUUGUCACUCAGUCAGUCAACAUCUUAUAGGCUAUGAACUAAACAUCUAUUAGGUUGUGGCCCAUAAUCUGGGGAGGAGAAAAUGAAGAAUUCAACAAGAUCAUGUUCUGGAAUAGCGUUUUCCAGCAGAAAGAACACACACACACACACACACACACACACACACACACACACCAAUAACUCAGAGCCAGAAUUUCUGAUUCUACACAAGUGGACUCUGUUCCCUUUCCAAGAGGGAGUAAGUUCUUACCUACAUAUAUUUCCUUCUCUCCUUAUCCUUUCCCUCUUUCUAUUUUUUUCUUUCUUCAUUUAUUAAAAAGUUAAUUAUCUGGUCAUCAUUCAAAUUUAUAUAUAUAUAUUCAUGUAAUCAAAGGAAGGAGGUGGCAAACAAGACUGUUAUAAACAAUGUGACAGGAGUAGAUUGCCAAGUCGAGAAGGGUGUUGAGAAGUUCUACUAAUCCUCUCCUACAGCAGGAAUCCGCAACCUAUGAGAAUUUGGAUUCUUUCUUUAGUUACAAGCAACUAAGAUCGACUCAACUAAAAAAAGGGGGUGGGGGACAGGGAAGGUUACUGUGCAUGUACAGGAUAUCCAGGAUCAACCAGCCAAGACCAGGGAAAACCAGAUGACUGAAGGACAGUGUAAGAACACAAUUAACAAGAGGUAGGGUAAUAUGGCGUCACCAGAGCCCAGCAAUCCGACUACAGCUAGCCCUGGAUAUUUUAAACACCAGCAAUCCGACUACAGCUAGCCCUGGAUAUCCUAAACAUGUUUGAGGAUCACUUGUUCUGGCUAACACGUAUUUAUCAGCCAGCUUAAAAGGACCUUUUCCAUCAAAACAAGGCCCUCAAAGAAGGCCACAGUAAAGGAUUUUUCCAUGAGAGUCGGAAACUCCA